AUGUCGACGGAGAAGAAUCCUAUUCUGGAACGAUAUUAUGCAGCACGGACUAUGUUCAACAAAGCCAAUGAACAUCAGGAAACAUUGUAUCACAAACGACAACGAUUAAGUCUUGAACAGUCUCGUACUGAUUAUUAUAAACAGACGCUUUUGCAAUCAAAACGACGUUAUUGGUCGAAAUCUCAACGUUCUAAGCCUUGUCUGUCGUUGAAUGUUCGUCAGACAUUUCAAAUUACAGAGAAAAACUUGCAGCAAUCAUCUGAUAUUCAAUCUCCAGUUGUCAGUAACAAUUUACCCGCACGAAUCUAUCCACCAGCAUUGAAUGUUCGAGAAAUCCUAUCAGAGAAAUCAAUGAGUAUGGAAACUCUUCAUCAGGCUUGUUUUCUUGGUCAAUUCGAUCGUAAAUUCGUCAUUGCAAAGCAUGUCAGUCACGAUUCAACGAAUACGAAACGAAUUCAGUUAAUUCUAUUCGAUCAACACGCCAUUUCCGAACGUAUUCUUCUUGAACGACUUCAAAACCAUUUUCACCAAGAGAAUAUUCAAUCAGUUCCAUUCUAUCUCUCCGAACCAACUAGCAUCCCUCGUAAUCCACGAUUUCUUUACGCAUCCGACCAAAUCUCUUUGCUUGAACGUACCGGUUUUAUCUUUUCAUCUUUUUCUACUCACAAUCUUCUUGUUCGAGCCGUUCCUGGUUGGCUUCCUUCACUUGGCCAACGUCACACCAGAACAUCUCUUCUCAACGAACUGAUCUACGACACUAUCACCAACAUCCUUCUAAGCACAAUCAAUCAAUCGAAACUAAUCAUGUACGAUGCUCUAAAAUCUCUAGCUUGUCACAAUGCCAUCAAAUUCAACGAUGUUUUAUCACCAAGUGAAUGUCAACAUCUUCUCGACGAACUGAAAUCGUGUUCAAUGCCAUUUAUCUGUGCACACGGUCGAACAUCUGCAGCUAGACUUUGGGAAUAUAAUGUGACAUCCGAUGAGUAUCGUGUCAGUAUGGAUGAAUUGAAACAACUUGCGUCCAUUCACAAAUGGCUGAAGGAAUCUUAA